AUGACGGACGGUUCAGCGCAGCCAACGCGACGCGGAGCUCUCAUUGUCGUCGAGGGACUCGACCGCGCUGGCAAGUCGAGUCAGUGUGAGAUGCUACGGGAUUCCCUCACGCGACAAGGACACAUGGUCAAAUACAUUCGGUUCCCAGACAGGACGACGCCCAUCGGAAAGUUGAUUGAUAGCUAUCUCCGAGGCUCAUCGCAUCAGGACGACCAUUCUAUUCACCUCCUCUUUUCGGCAAACCGAUGGGAGGUUGCCAAGAGCAUCGAAGAAGAUAUCGCCAACGGAACCACAAUUAUUGUAGAUCGUUACUCAUAUUCCGGUGUCGUCUACUCCGCCGCAAAGGCCAACCCCACACUAUCACUGGAAUGGGCAUGGCAGCCAGAAAUUGGUCUACCGCGCCCGGAUAUCUGCCUGUUCCUCAGUAUCUCGCCAGAGGAAGCAGCAAAGCGUGGUGGCUUCGGAGCUGAGCGAUAUGAGAAUGAGACAAUGCAAACGCGGGUACGAGAGCUCUUCCGGACGAUUUUUGAGAAGCAGGAAGAUGUUUCCGUUAUCGAUGCAGGAAAGUCGAUUGAAGAUGUCUCACAGGAGGUACAGAUGGCUGUAGCUGGUUGCAUUGCGCGUCUGGACGCGAGUAGUCCCCUCAGGAAAUUGGAGCCUCUUACGAAUUAA